UGUCGUGCGUUUUCUCACUAGAAGGCAGCACUGUGAUUUUAACACAGGUAUCUCAGGGCUUUUAUUGUAACAGCGUCAAAGAUCGCCCGAGAAUAGCGCGUCACCGCAUCAAACAUGUCUGUCAGUGGCUCUCUGCCUUGAGCAUCUGACGCGCUCAGGGAGCGUUCCGCGACGCGCUCAACGCGACUGCGGAUAUUAUACACUCUUUCGUGCGCCAUAGAGGAAUGAUUAUCCACAAUCGAGUGAGUGAUAUUAAAUGAAGGCCUAGCUAUCGUCUACUGCUGGAGCCUGUUUGAAGCGUCGCUGUGGACCCGGUGCGCGAUGUUUUGUGAUGGACAGGAGGAGGAGGACAGUGCUCUCUCAGCCCUGUGUUUAUGACCAGUCAGCACAGUGACUCCCACACAUGCCAUAGAUGUCCUUCCCUUAGCUCACUGAGCUAACUUUAUUUCUCCUCAUCACCCCGUUAUCCUUCCACUCUUCCCUCUCUCAUGCCUCUUGCUCUGUCUUCACUCUAUCUCUCUUCUCUUCUCUGUCCCUUGUCCAUCCCCUUUGACUUUCCCAUCCUCCCUUCCUCUGUCACUCCUGCUCUGUGUUGGAUGUCAUAAUGGUGUGCUGUGGUCGAGCGCUGGACUCCCCCUGCACUCUGGCUCUGUUGGUGGGCUUCCAGUUUGCGUUUGUCCUCUACUUCUCCCUGGGAGGCUUUCGUGGCCUAGUGUCUGUUUUGGUUCAUUCCACCGAGCCUGAGAUCGACUACUCUCGACCACAUGACGUCUACACCAACCUCACCUCUCUGCUGCUCCACCAUCCAGGACCCAGUGGACCAGAACAGCAGCUCAGUGACUGUAUACUGCCCUCUUCACUGCUGGUGGGUCCUGUUUCUGUCCACCUCUCAUCACCCCCCUCCCUGGAGAAGAUAAAAGAGAAGAACCCCUUGGUGACCUUAGGGGGUCAUUACCGCCCACCAGACUGUGAGCCACGGCACCACACAGCCAUCGUGGUCCCCUACCGGAACCGCCAGACCCACCUCCGCGCCCUCCUCUACCAUCUGCACCCCUUUUUGCAGCGGCAGCAGGUCCACUACGGCAUUUACAUUGUGCACCAGUCAGGGAACUCCACGUUUAACCGAGCGAAGUUGCUGAAUGUUGGAGUGCGGGAGGCACUGAAAGAGGAGGACUGGAGUUGUAUUUUCCUGCAUGAUGUUGACCUGCUACCUGAGAAUGACCACAAUACCUACACCUGCCACCCCCAGUACCCUACACACCUCUCCGUAGCUAUGGACAAGUUCAGAUACAGACUUCCAUACUCGCAGUACUUCGGAGGGGUGUCUGCUGUAACCCCGGAGCAGUACCUCAAAAUGAACGGCUUUCCUAACCAGUACUGGGGCUGGGGAGGAGAGGACGAUGACAUCGCAGCUCGAGUCCGUCUCUCUGGGAUGAAGAUAAUGCGCCCCCCUUUGGCCAUUGGACAUUAUAAAAUGAUCAAACAUAAAGGAGAUCAGGGCAAUGAGCAGAACCCGAGAAGGUUUGACCUGCUGAAGCGCACAAGGCUGAACUGGCGCUCAGAUGGAUUGAACUCGCUGACUUAUGAGCUCCUGUCCAAAGAGUUGGAACCAUUGUACACAAAUUUAUCUGUCAACAUUGGGGAUGAUCCACACCGUCCCCCUGUGAAGGCUCCACCCCGGAAGUCAGACCCUCAACCUGCUCCAACUCAUAAAAUGAAGACUGAAAAAGUGGGUGUGGUCUUCAAUCAUAAUGCCACAAAAGUGGAGCCCAUCCACUUGAAGGCCAGUAAUGAAAGUUCAAAUGUUGUUCAAAAAUCUCCUUUGAACCAGGAGGUAGGAUGAUACUGAUAAUCAAGUAUCCACAGACAAUCCACAGGGUGAGUUAUUAAUGGAUAGUGGAGGGAAUAGCAGUUUGCUCUUUAUUUUAUAUUGUGAAGCAUUGCUACUCUAGGUAAAUAAGUUCAUUCCACUGAAACAGUUCGGCCGCCUCUGAAUGUUGUUCAGCUGCUGAUAUGGUGACAUUUGCACAAGCCUGAAGAUCUCGUUUCACUGUAGAAGUCAUAUCAGAGUGGGCGGAGUUGUAAACGCUCUCGAAAGUGACCUAUCGACGUACCUGUGCAAGUUCUGUGUGUUUUUGAGCCGACCUGCUGCCAGCUGCUGCUCUUCACCCAACUGUGUGUGUGGGUCUGUUUUUCUGUGCCUUUUCUUGCCCUUGGACCAGUCUCUUAUCAACAUGCCAUGACUCAUUCGAAAGCAUUCUUACUGCACACCACUGUUAUUUAUGCUACAGUUGAAUGCUCUUUCCACGUUUAUUUAUUUUUCUCUUCUUUUAAUAUCUAAAUCAGCACACACUGCUUUGUGAUCUAGUGCUUGAGCAGACGUGUAUCACUGUGGUCUAUUUUUGGUCUUACUGUACAAACUUAGAAAGGUGUGAUCUUUGAUAGUGAGCACUGGUUUAUUUUCUCUUUUAGCAGCUCAGAUGCCUAUUAAUAAUUUUAUGAUGCAGUGUGAAAGAGUUUAAUUAUUUUAGGUAUUGUGUGGUGCCUUUGUUGGAUUCAUUUUGGUUGUAGACAAUCAUUGGCAUAAGCAUAUUAAGUGAUGAAAAAUUUAUUUAAAAUCUUUACAGACUUCUAUUAUUUGAAUUCGGGAAUAUGUUUCUGUUAAAUGAAAUAGAUUUGAUGGUUUAGGUUGAAGGUGUGACUUUAGUCUAAGAUAUUUGAUAUUUAAAGAUUUUAUGAACAGGUAAUGGGUAACUUUAUGGUUAGUGAUAUAGCAAGAAUAAAUGUUAUUUGUGAGUCAAAAAUAUUGGUUGUAUCACUAUUAUGGCACUUUCUGUAUGAAAUACAAUCCUUGAUUAUAAGCUACAUUUAAAGAACAAAGAUAUCAGUGACAGAUGUUUUUCUGUUGAAGUUAUUUUGAAAUGAAAAUUGCAUUGCACAUUAUAUUAGCAGGUCCACUGACAUUUUUCACUUCCACAAUACAUUUACUGUAAAUGAUAGUCUGAAGGUGCUCAUUGAGAAUUCACCCCAUCAUGUGACAUGGUGCAUAUCUCACAGUAAGUACAACAUAUUUCAAAUCUAGAUAUACAUUUCAAAGAGGCUGUUUAAAUUAUUUAUUCUGAUUUUGAUACGCAAUUCUUAGUGUGACAGACUCAUACGAUAAAACAAAACAUGGUGUUUUACUUCAUGCCUUUGUAAUAAAACUACAAAAAGUGUGACUUUUUGUAAAUAAUUCAAGAUAGUAUUCUGAGAUGCAUGUGGCAGAUAAAUCUAUUUCAUCCUAGCAUAUUUGCAAUACCCUUGCAUACCGUAUAUAUAUUGGAUAAAGUACAUAGUUUUCUAUCAGAUACAGUAUUUGGCAAUAGUGUUAAACUACUUUAAUGCCUCUAAUUUGAGAACAUCAUUACAUCUGAUAUUAACUGUUUAGAUGUGACCAUAAAGUGGUAAGAUUUUAAAGAUUGUGGUUAUUUUUUGUCAUGUCAUUUUUGGUCAAACACUGUUGAUUUGAAUGUGUAUUCUUUUGGCUAUGAUGACUGUUGGUUACAUAAAUAUACAUAACGGAGACUCUGAAACUGUAUUUCCACCUGUGUGUGAGUUACAUUGAAGUUUGCCACAGAUAUUACUACUGAUCAGUUAUCUUGUGAAUAAACACAUUAACAACAGUG